AUGGCGCAGACCAGGAUGAUCAGCGCGCUUGUCGCUGCGUUCGCUGCGGGCAUGGUGGGCUGCGCAGUGUGCCAGGCCUUCGUGGCAGCCCCGCUCGGCCAGGGGCCCCGCAGCGGCCACCCCGGGCUGCUGCUGGACGCCGCGGGCGCGCCCGCUGGCCACAGCGCCUCCCAGUCAUCCGCGCCCGCUGGCGUCGGCCUGGCCUCCUUCGUCGGCGCCUCGGCUGCCCUGGCCCUCCUCGCCGGGCGGGCGCUGUCCGUCUCCAGCAGGAAGCCGGCCGCGCAGACGGCCACCCAGAAGGUGGCUCUGGCGGCCUUCGAGAGCGAGCUCGGCGUGCAGGACCCCGUCGGCUUCUGGGACCCGGCCGGGUUCACCGCGGACGGAAGCACGGCGAAUUUCGCGCGCCGCCGCCAGACUGAGUUGAAGCACGGCCGCGUGUCGAUGCUGGCGACCAUGGGAUACAUCACCCCAGAGAUCACCGGCAAGCUGCCAGGAUAUUUGUCUCCGUCUGCGGGCCUGAAGUUCGCGGACAUCCCGAACGGCCUCGGUGCAAUCUCCAAGGUUCCCGCCGCGGGUUGGGCUCAGAUCGUCGCAUACGGUGCGUUCUGCGAGCUGUCACAGGACCAGUCCGCGGGCACCGCUGCCGCGGCGGGUGACUUCGGCUUCAAGGUGCUGACGUCCAGCGACGCUGGGGAGAAGCAGAAAAAGCUGGCGGCGGAGAUUGCCAACGGCCGCUUGGCGAUGAUGGCUAUCAUCGGCAUGUUCUUCCAGGACGGCCUCACUGGCUCGGCAUGGGGCGACUGGGCUCUCUACACGGGCUCUCCGCUGCGCGCCUUCGAGAGCGAGCUGGGCGUGCAGGACCCCGUCGGCUUCUGGGACCCGGCCGGGUUCACCGCGGACGGAAGCACGGCGAAUUUCGCGCGCCGCCGCCAGACUGAGUUGAAGCACGGGCGGGUGUCGAUGCUGGCGACCAUGGGCUACAUCACCCCGGAGAUCACCGGCAAGCUGCCAGGCUACCUGUCGCCGUCCGCGGGCCUGAAGUUCGCGGACGUCCCGAACGGCCUCGGUGCGAUCUCCAAGGUUCCCGCGGCGGGCUGGGCGCAGAUUGUUGCGUACGGCGCUUUCUGCGAGCUCUCCCAGGACCAGUCCGCUGGCACCGCCGCCGCGGCGGGUGACUUCGGCUUCAAGGUGUUAACGUCCAGCGACGCCGGGGAGAAGCAGAAGAAGUUGGCGGCGGAGAUCGCCAACGGUCGGCUGGCCAUGAUGGCAAUCAUCGGAAUGUUUUUCCAGGACGGCUUGACCGGCUCUGCCUGGGGCGACUGGGCGCUCUACACGGGCUCUCCGCUGCGCGCAGGGGUGGUCAACUAUGAGUCUGGCAAGGCUCGCUUCACGCUGCCAGACGGGGUGGAGGCGCCGAAGAGGUGGAGCGCCACGGGUGAGCUGGGCGUGCAGGCGCCCACCGGUUUCUGGGACCCCGCUGGCUUCUGCGACGGCAUCACCGAGCAGGAGUUCAAGCGGCUGCGCUCUUGCGAGAUAAAGCACGGUCGUUUGUCCAUGAUGGCCACCAUCGGUUACAUCGCCCCCUUCUACGGCACGCUGCCUGGCGACUUGUCCCCCUCCAAAGGCAUCCACUUCGCGGACAUUCCCAUGGGAGUGCAGGCGGUCACUAAGAUCCCCAGCGGCGGGCUUUUGCAGAUCUUUCUGUUUGCGGCGCUGAUCGAGUUCGGGCUCGGGGGCGACAGGGGCAUCGAGGAGUGGAAGAGCGGUCCCGCUGGCGACUACGGCAAAGGCUUCCUGGGCAUGUUCGGGCCCGUGAUGGAUCCGGAGAAGAAGCAGCGCUCCUUGAACGCUGAAAUCGCGAACGGGCGCCUGGCCAUGGUAGCCAUUACCGGCAUGGUCCUCCAAGAGGGUGUCGCGGGAGGCACGGGUAUCGAGAUGUGGGUGCCCCCGGCCGCCUUCGAGAGCGAGCUCGGCGUGCAGGAUCCGGUUGGCUUCUGGGAUCCCGCCGGAUUCACAGCGGAUGGUAGCACGGAGAAUUUCGCCCGCCGCCGCCAGACCGAGCUGAAGCAUGGCCGCGUGUCGAUGCUGGCGACCAUGGGCUACAUCACCCCGGAGAUCACUGGCAAGCUUCCUGGCUAUCUGUCGCCUAGCGCAGGGCUCAAGUUCGCGGACAUCCCGAACGGCCUCGGUGCGAUCUCCAAGGUUCCCGCGGCGGGCUGGGCGCAGAUUGUUGCGUACGGCGCUUUCUGCGAGCUCUCCCAGGACCAGUCCGCUGGCACCGCCGCCGCGGCGGGUGACUUCGGCUUCAAGGUGUUAACGUCCAGCGACGCCGGGGAGAAGCAGAAGAAGUUGGCGGCGGAGAUCGCCAACGGUCGGCUGGCCAUGAUGGCAAUCAUCGGAAUGUUUUUCCAGGACGGCUUGACCGGCUCUGCCUGGGGCGACUGGGCGCUCUACACGGGCUCUCCGCUGCGCGCAGGGGUGGUCAACUAUGAGUCUGGCAAGGCUCGCUUCACGCUGCCAGACGGGGUGGAGGCGCCGAAGAGGUGGAGCGCCACGGGUGAGCUGGGCGUGCAGGCGCCCACCGGUUUCUGGGACCCCGCUGGCUUCUGCGACGGCAUCACCGAGCAGGAGUUCAAGCGGCUGCGCUCUUGCGAGAUAAAGCACGGUCGUUUGUCCAUGAUGGCCACCAUCGGUUACAUCGCCCCCUUCUACGGCACGCUGCCUGGCGACUUGUCCCCCUCCAAAGGCAUCCACUUCGCGGACAUUCCCAUGGGAGUGCAGGCGGUCACUAAGAUCCCCAGCGGCGGGCUUUUGCAGAUCUUUCUGUUUGCGGCGCUGAUCGAGUUCGGGCUCGGGGGCGACAGGGGCAUCGAGGAGUGGAAGAGCGGUCCCGCUGGCGACUACGGCAAAGGCUUCCUGGGCAUGUUCGGGCCCGUGAUGGAUCCGGAGAAGAAGCAGCGCUCCUUGAACGCUGAAAUCGCGAACGGGCGCCUGGCCAUGGUAGCCAUUACCGGCAUGGUCCUCCAAGAGGGUGUCGCGGGAGGCACGGGUAUCGAGAUGUGGGUGCCCCCGGCCGCCUUCGAGAGCGAGCUCGGCGUGCAGGAUCCGGUUGGCUUCUGGGAUCCCGCCGGAUUCACAGCGGAUGGUAGCACGGAGAAUUUCGCCCGCCGCCGCCAGACCGACUGA